GAUGUCGCAGUUAUGAGUUUGAUAUUGAUUUGAAAUGUGUUAUGUGUUUCUUUGUUGUAUGAAAUAAUUUAUAAAUUGAAAUUAUAUAAAAACAAAUAAUAAAUUAUCUCUCAUCAAGUAAAUUCACUUGAUCAACUGUAAAAUCAAUAAAAAUGACUAUCAGUAAAAUAUCAAAAUUAUGUUUAAAAGUUGAUUAUGUGAAAAGAAGUUUAGCGCGACCGUUAACAGGAUUUUUUCAACGAAAUUUCAGCGUUGAAAGUCGACAUUUGAGUGGUUCAAAUGUAGAGAAGCGAGGGUUAGUUAGUACGGACCGUAAACAACGCACAUUUUCAGACAGGUCCCAAUUGAAAUAUGCCAGACGCUUGGUCGUUAAGCUUGGCAGUGCAGUUAUCACAAGAGAAGAUGGAAACGGCCUUGCUUUGGGGCGAUUGGCUUCUAUUAUUGAACAGGUGGCAGAAUGUCACCACGAGGGUCGAGAGUGUAUUAUGGUAACAAGCGGUGCUGUCGCGUUUGGGAGACAAAAGCUCACUCAAGAACUGCUCAUGUCCUUGUCUAUGAGAGAAACACUUUCCCCAAGUGACCACACUAGAGAGGACGCGGGUAGUAUAUUGGACCCGCGGGCGGCGGCGGCCGUUGGCCAAUCAGAGCUCAUGGCAAUGUACGACGCCAUGUUUUCACAGUAUAACGUUAAAAUUGCCCAGGUGUUAGUAACCAAGCCAGACUUCUAUAAUGAGGAAACAAGGAAGAAUUUGUUCUGCACACUAUCCGAGUUAAUAUCGCUUAACAUAGUGCCAAUUGUGAAUACUAACGACGCGGUCAGUCCGCCUAUGUACAUACACGACGAUACCGUUGUUCCUGGGACCGGGAAAAAGGGUAUCGGUAUAAAGGAUAAUGACAGUCUAUCAGCUUUAUUAGCUGCCGAGAUCCAAUCAGACUUGCUCAUUAUGAUGUCAGAUGUGGACGGCAUUUACAAUAAGCCACCCUGGGAGGAUGGUGCUCGAAUGAUGCACACUUAUACUUCUAAAGAUCGUGACCAAGUCCAGUUUGGUCAGAAAUCGAAGGUAGGGACAGGGGGAAUGGAUUCUAAAGUAAACGCAGCUACGUGGGCGAUGGCGCGAGGUGUCAGCGUUGUUAUUUGUAAUGGAAUGCAAGAAAAAGCUAUUAAAACAAUUAUCAGUGGAAGAAAGGUUGGCACGUUCUUUACGGACAGUCCCACUACGUCAUCUACUUCUGUUGAUGUUUUAGCUGAAAAUGCUCGUUCUGGCAGCAGAGUGUUACAACAACUGACACCAGCUGACCGAGCCUCGGCUAUACAUUCGUUAGCAGACCUACUUCUUGACAAAAAAGAUGUAAUACUCGAAGCUAAUUCCAAAGACUUAGAAGAGGCUACCAAAGGUGGUUUAGCGGAGCCACUUCUAAAUCGCCUGGCGUUGAGUCCUGGAAAAUUGAAAACUCUCUCAAUAGGAUUGAAACAAAUCGCCGAUUCAAGUUAUGAAAAUGUUGGAAGAGUCUUACGAAAAACCAAAUUAGCCGAAAACCUUAUGCUUCGUCAAGUGACCGUCCCAAUUGGAGUUCUACUGGUCAUUUUCGAAUCUAGACCAGAUUCAUUACCCCAAGUUGCAGCUUUGGCAAUGGCUUCAGCAAAUGGUUUGCUUUUAAAGGGUGGGAAGGAAGCCGCGUAUUCAAAUAAAGCGCUAAUGGAGCUAGUUAAAGAAGCACUGCAAACAGUUGGAGCCCAAGACGCGAUAUCUCUUGUCUCAACUCGAGAAGAAAUCAGCGACUUGCUAUCGAUGGAAAAACAUAUUGACCUCAUAAUCCCUCGCGGAUCAUCGGACUUAGUUCGAAGCAUACAAAAGCAAUCACAACACAUUCCCGUGUUAGGUCACGCUGAAGGAAUAUGCCACGUAUACGUCGAUAAGGACGCGGAUCCGUCCAAAGCAUUGAAAAUAGUUCGAGACGCGAAAUGCGAUUACCCAGCGGCGUGUAAUGCGAUGGAAACGCUAUUGGUUCAUGAAGAUCACUUAUCGGGCAAUUUGUUUUCGGAUAUUUGUAGUAUGUUGAAGAACGAAGGUGUGAAGAUCAAUGCUGGGCCGAAAUUAUCGAGUCAUUUAACUUUUGGUCCGCCGCCAGCGAGGAGUAUGCGACACGAGUACGGAGCUUUGGAAUGUUGUAUCGAACUUGUUAAGGAUAUGGAUGAGGCGAUCGAUCAUAUUCAUAAGUUCGGCAGCUCGCAUACUGAUGUUGUUGUUACGGAGAACGAGAGCACAGCGAAACGUUUCCUCAGCUCGGUGGACAGCGCGUGCGUGUUCCACAACGUGUCGUCUCGCUUUGCUGACGGGUUCCGCUUCGGGCUUGGCGCUGAAGUCGGCAUCUCUACUGCCAGAAUACACGCUAGAGGCCCCGUGGGAGUGGAAGGUCUGUUAACAACAAAAUGGAUUCUAGAAGGCACGGACCACACCGCGGCAGAGUUUAACGAGGGCAAGCGGCAGUGGUUGCACGAAACUCUGCCUACGAAUUGACUCAUACGCUUCAUCAAGAAACUAUUGUACGGCAAUCGAAACUAGAUAAUAUAUCUUGCAUUAGUAAAGUAGCUGUAAUUAUAAA